AUGCUGUACGAAUUGAUCGCCGUCGUCCGCGGCCAAUCCCUCCAAGAAGUCAAAGACAUCGCCAAAUCCGCCGGCACCCUCGUCCUGCGCAACGGCGGCGUCGUCCGCGGCUACACCAACUGGGAGCGCCUCCUGCUGCCCAAGAAGACCCACAAGCACCAGAGCACGCACACGCACGGUCAGUACUUUGUCAUGCGCUUCGACGCAAACAGCAUCACGCAGAACGAGAUCCGCCGCACGCUGAAGAUGGACCCGCGGAUGGUCGGCUUCUCGGUGGUCAAGUUGGGGACCAAGUUGGAGGAGGUGGCGGAGGUGGGGGGGAGGACGUUUAGUUUGAAGCCGUUGUAA